GUCUCUUACUCAUUAGCCUACAUCUGAUCUGAUCAAGAGCACACAGUUUCUUCCCGUCUCUGCUGUCUUCAAAACGUCUGAAGAUGAAACCGUCACUGAAAAGUAUUUGGCAGCUGAAGAACAGGGUGAUUCUGUUCUGCACUCCGUUUAUUCUUCUACCUCUCCCGCUGAUCAUCGGCACCAAGGAAGCCAACUGUGCCUACGUUAUUGCCCUGAUGGCGGUGUACUGGUGCACCGAGGUCCUGCCAUUAGCCGUCACCGCCCUGCUGCCAGCCAUCCUCUUCCCCAUGCUCGGCGUCAUGAAGUCUGAAGAUGUGUGCAUGCAGUACCUGAAGGACACCAACAUGCUGUUUGUGGGAGGGCUGAUUGUGGCUCUGGCUGUGGAACACUGGAAUCUGCACAAACGCAUCGCCCUCCGAGUGCUGCUCAUCGUAGGGGUGCGGCCAGCGCUGCUCAUGCUGGGGUUCAUGGGAGUGACGGCCUUCCUGUCCAUGUGGAUCAGCAACACGGCCACCACAGCCAUGAUGGUGCCCAUCGUGCAGGCCGUGCUGAGCCAGCUGAGCAGCAGCAGGACGGAGGGCCCUCAGGCCCUCAGCAGCGACGAGCAGAGCCUGCAGCCCGAUGGAGAGGACAAGCAGCCCAUCAAACAGCCCGGCAAAGAUGCCGACGGGCACGUGGUGGUGAACGGUCUGUCGAUGUCAACAGAAACGGAGAGGUGUGAGGAGGCAGCGGGGCAGAAGAGGAUGUGCAAAGGCCUGACCCUCUGUGUGUGCUACGCGGCCAGCAUCGGGGGGACCGCCACCCUCACUGGCACCGGCCCCAACCUGGUGCUCAAAGGGCAGAUGAACGAACUGUACGCCAAUAACGGUGAUGUCAUCAACUUUGUGUCGUGGUUCGGGUUUGCCUUCCCCAACAUGAUCCUCAUGCUCACCCUGGCCUGGCUCUGGCUGCAGUUUGUCUUCAUUGGGUUCAACUUCAAGAAGAUGUGGGGUUGUGGUGCAGCGAAGACGGAGAAGGAGGUCUUGGCAUAUAACGUGAUCCGUGAGGAGCACCGGCGGCUGGGCUCCAUGUCGUUUGGGGAGCUGAGCGUGCUGGCGCUCUUCACCCUGCUGGUGCUUCUGUGGUUCACCCGCGACCCCGGAUUCAUGCCCGGCUGGGCCACAAACCUCUUCCAAUCAAAGUACGUCACAGACGCCACAGUGGCAGUGUUUGUGGCUGCACUCCUCUUUGUCCUCCCCGCCAAGGCUCCCCGCUUCUGCUUCAAGUCCCAGAGAUCUCACACUGAGUCCCAGCCACCCCAAGCUGCUGCCCCAGCUCUGCUCACCUGGACGGUGGUCCAGAAGAACCUCCCCUGGAACAUUGUGCUUUUGCUGGGGGGAGGGUUUGCAUUGGCCAAAGGCAGCACGGUGUCAGGUCUGUCCAAGUGGCUGGGUGCCCAGAUGACUCUGCUCCACAAUCUCCCUCCCUGGGCCAUCGCCAUCAUCCUGUGCCUCAUAAUCGCCAUCUUCACAGAGUGCACCAGCAAUGUGGCCACUGCCACCCUCUUCAUGCCCAUCCUUUCCACCAUGUGCCAGUCUAUAAAGGUGAAUCCACUCUACAUCAUGAUCCCGUGCACCCUCAGUGCCUCUUUUGCCUUCAUGCUGCCUGUGGCCACACCACCAAAUGCCAUUGUCUUCUCCUAUGGCUACCUGAAAGUGUGUGACAUGGCCAAGACUGGCGUGGUCAUGAACAUCAUCGGAAUCCUCUGCAUCACGCUGGCUAUCAACACCUGGGGAAGGAGCAUGUUCGCCCUGGACUCCUACCCCUCCUGGGCCAAUUCCACAGGGUUGUGAAGGCACCCCCUAUGGGGGAGGCAGAGCCCCCCGUUUCCCUGCCCCCUCCCCCAAAUUUUGGAGGACAGGAGGCAGAGACCCUGCCUAUUUUAUUACAAUACGUUAAUGUAUCACUGGAAGGGGGUGGGUAGGGGAGGGGUCUGAUGGAAUGCUGAUAUCACACAUAGAGUGCACACAAAAGAAUAGUCGAUAUUGGGAGUUGUCAUUUUUCAUUUUUAUUUGACAGCCAUUUUGAGGCAGACCCUAGGGGAAUAGCAUCUGCCGAAUAUUAGUGCAUAUGGAACAUUUUCCAAAAUCUACCCACCCCUGAGAAACCUGAAUUUAAAUCACUGUAUUUGAAUUGUACUUUAACCAGGACCUGACCCUAGAAGUCCAAUCUGUCUCUUUUUUGAUGAGUGCAGGUGUAACCUAUGAGACCAAACAACAGUUGAACAUUUUACUUUUAAAAUGCUGAAUUUCCAAAAGUGUACUUAAAAUUUAUUUUCUAUAUCAAUUUUUAUUUUGAAUCCUUAUCUAUCUACAUAGCCGGAACAGCCUUGUGUGUUUGACUGGAAGAAAGUAUUACUGUACAGAGUCAUUGUGCAGGGCCUAUGCAUUGCAGUUGUCUUUUAUUUUGGAAGUUACUGAGGUGAAGGCUUAGAGAUGAGAUGGGAAUUUUGUAUAAUUUCAUUAGAAUUACACAGGAAAUGGGUUUGAUAUAUACAGUAUAAGUUUUGCACAUUUUUAUAGUAGUUAUAUGUUUUGUGUAUUUAACAGGACAAAUAUACACCAACAUGAUAUUGCGUUAAUUUGUCAAAUUUUUGACAUAUCAAAUAUACAUUAUGUGUAUUUUACAUAAUAUAUUUUAAAGAUUGUCAAGGGCUGAAAUUAUAUGUUGAAAAGGAAAUAUAUUAUUAUAUAUUUAUUAAAUUAAUAAAGUUUUCUGGACAAAAAAUUGUUUUUGUUAAAUGUUCUAAGCAGAGACACUGAAAGUAAUAGCCCUUAAGAUGCUUGGAACAUCCAGCCAAAAACGUUUAUAGGGUGUUUGUUUCUCAGAGAAUACCAUGCCUGGCAGUAUAUGUGUUCAUGCAGUAUAUCAACCAGUUAGCCCUUUCAGUCCAAAGAGUGCCAUAUGGCAAUCUCGAACUUAUACCUUUUCAUCCAAUCAAAAUGACUGAAAGCCCCUAUUAAAAUCUCAACCAAAGCCAUGGGGCUGAAAGGGUUACUGCAGUCAGUCUGAAGUGUCUACAUCAUCGAGUCUUAGCCUAUCCCUUACAGAAAUAAAAUACUCUUGAAUAUAUAUUUAAAUAAUUAUAUUGUCAGCAUAUUUCAAAACUUCACGAUGCAUUGGCAACUGUAUAAGUAAUUGCUGCUUUAAGACAUCGCAAAACAUUACACUGCUGUGAAAUACAUUUUAAUUAUAUUUUCCAGAAUGUCCCCAUAUUUACAAUAUAUUGCAGUAUUUUCAAUUCUGUAAGGGAUUGUAUUGUAGAAAAGGAAAUACAAAAUAAAACUACAAAAAGGAAUGCAGGUAAUACAAAUUAUUAAUAUGGUUAAGACAUUUUUUCCUUGACAUGUUUUAUUUUCAAGCAUUUAUUCUUACUAAUUGUGUAUUGUGUAUUUCUAUUGUUCAUUAUUUGUAUUAGUGGGCACUGUAUUAUAUUUACCUUGGCCGUUUAUAGCCAUGUAAUGAAAUGUAAUGAAAGUCUUUCUAUUCAGUUACUUGAAAUUGAUGUUUAUUAAUAUUAUGUAGCAUCACAUAGGAAUUCAUAAACAUGUCUUCGUCUUAUAGAAUGCAAUAGAGAGCCCUCCCCUUAAUUGUCAUAUACUUGUUCCCUGGGAUUUUUGAAAGUAAGCUGCUUCUUGUGCUGUAAUAUACUGCAUUUAAUGUUGGUCUUGAAGAGAUUCAGGUUACACUUUCUAUGAAUUUAUUCCUAAGCAAUAUAAUACUGUAACUGCUACAUAUGCACAACAUGAGCAUUCAUAUCUCCUCAGCAACUGCAAAUAGUUACUUAUGCAGCAAAUUACACUGUGGAAAUAUGGUAGGCAAUGUAACACACUGUAAACAUAUUUGCAGUUAUACUAUAUGAGGAUUCACAUAAGCAUUUCCAAAUGUCUCCUACAGUGUGUCUGAAGGAGGUAUAUAACUGUUAAGAAUGGCCAUUCAUUGAAAGUAUUACAGUAUUGUGAUCAUUAUAGGCAUUGCAUUUUUUCACCAGUGACUCUUACUAGUGGAAUACACUACUUUUGUGGGCUGAAAAAUCUUGAAUGUAUAUUGUGUAUUAGAUAAUAUUACAAUGCUGAAAAAAAUGCCUAAUUUGUCAGUAUUUGCAUGACAUUAUACUGGAAACAUCCUGUGCACUGGAUGUUUUUUGUUUUUCGCACCAUUCUCUGCACACUCUAGAGACAUUGUUUAUGAAAAUACCAGUUGAUCAGCAACUAAGAUACUCAAACCAUGCUGUCUGGCACCAACAAUCAUUCCACGGUCAAGAUCACAUUUCUUCCAUAUUCUGACACUUGGACUGAAAAACAUCUUGAUUUUAUUUGCAUUAACAAGCUGGUGUACAGGUGUACCUAAUAAACUGGUCACUGAGCGUAUAUAUUUACAGUA